AUGGACCCCAAUGAUCAGCAGCAGCCUUCACAGACCCCUGACGAUGAUCGGUCGGGAUAUCAUCCUUUGCCCAAUUUGGCUGAAGAUCAUAUCACUUUCGUUGAUCUUCGUAGAGAGCAAGACCUACCUGGGAUAUGGGAAAAGUUAGAUGACAUACUAACUGAACACAACAACAAUUACUCGCACUCAACCCCACAAUCUGUCACUAACACCACUCCGUUCAAUCUCAGACGCGCUAACGCUCAAAUACAGAAACUAACCAGGGUUGUUGAACUUCAAGCUACCAUCAUCGCUGAUAUGAAUCAAGCUAUGCGACAGAUUCAAAACAGCCUCCAGAUGUAUCAAGGAGGAAGUAUGUCGAGUCGUCAAGGUCUUUCCUGGGAUAAUACCAAUGCUUUAGUCGAUUCGAAAGUUCGAGCGAUCUUAGCGGAUUAUAAGAUGCACAGCAACAUGGAGGACAAGAAAAGGAAAAGGAAGAGGAAAGAGAAAGAAGUUGUAGUGUUGAAAGACCCAAAGGAUCCUAACAGUUCACGGUCAACGCCUCAUAUAGUCGGUGCUUCAUCUGGAUCACCCAUAAAGACAGCCAAGAAGGGUGGAUCCGCACCGCUUAGAGCUAAGAAAGCUGGAUCCCCUUGUCCGAUCGAGCUGGUACAUAGGUUUGGAGAGGAUCAAGGAUUGGAUCACUAG